AUGGCGGAGUUAAGAUGUUAUUUUUUUGUUUCAGCCCCUCUUUAUUGUCAAACAAGGUGCAAGCAUCCUUUGAAAAAAAAAGGGAAUAUAUAUGAGAGAGAAAACAAAACAAAACAAAACGUUUCUCAAGGAACAGCUGAAAACAAGAAAGAAAGUAAUAACAGAAGCUGUAUCAUGUCUUUUCCUAUUAUUAGAGUGCAUUGGUUGAAUCAAUCAAGAGGGUUAAGAGUCUUGUGGUUACUUGACCAUUUGAAGGUUGAUUAUGAAAUUAUUCCUUACAAGAGAGUUGGAAAUCGUGCUCCAGAGUCAUUGAAGAAGAUCCAUCCCCUAGGUAGAUCUCCAAUUGUAGAAAUUGAAGAUAGAGAAACUGGGAAGAAGCAAACUCUUAUUGAAUCCGGAUAUAUAUUUCAAUAUAUCUUGAAGCAUUUUGAUCCAGAGAAUAAACUAGGUAAUGCUGAUGCUGAUUUGGCGGAAAAGAUUCAAUUCUAUCUUUAUUAUGUUGAAGGGUCAUUACAACCACCUUUGAUGAUAGAAUACAUUCUUUCUCUGGGGAGAGAGAAUCCUGGCCCCUUCCCUAUCUCAUAUCUGGUUCGUGGUGUCAUGAAUAAGAUUAGUGAAGCUUACUCCAAGGGCGAAAUGAAGAAUCAAUUCGAUUUUGUAGAAUCUGAAAUACUCAAGAAUGGAGGUUAUUUGGUUGGUGGUAAAUUAAGUGCAGCUGAUAUUUUGAUGUCAUUCCCCUUACAAAUGGCUUUUGUUCGUAACUUUGCAACACCUGAAACAUAUCCAAAUAUGAAGAAGUGGUUGGAGACUAUUACAACUGAUGAAGCAUACGCUGUUACUAAGGAUAAGAUUAAAGAAUUUGGUGAAACUUUUUAA